AGCCGCUUACAGGAAAUCGAAAGUGAAAUAGAAAGCCGGCUGCCACCCCUGAGUCUCCAAAAGAGGUCACCUCAGGAUCACCACAGUGCUGCUUAAUAAGAACAUUCUCACUAUGGCUUCAGCAAAGCCUUUGGCAAUGAUGUGGGAAGAGGUCACAUGCCCAGUCUGCCUGGAUCCCACAGUGGAGCCUGUGAGCAUUGAAUGUGGCCACAGCUUCUGCCGCACAUGCAUCUCUGAGGUCGGGAAAAGUGGGGGCAGCGUCUGUCCUGUGUGCCGGAACAAAUUCCUGCUCAAGAACUUUCGGCCCAAUCUCCAGCUAGCCAAUAUGGUGGACAACCUAAGACAAAUGAGCCAAAAUGCCAAGGAGAGCACAGAGGGGGAUCAAUGUGGGGUGCAUGGAGAGAAACUUCACUUAUUCUGUGAGAGAGAUGGAAAGGCUCUUUGCUUGGUGUGUUCCCAAUCCCGGAAACACCGUGACCACCCCAUGGUCCCAAUUGAGGAAGCUGCUCAGGAGUACCAGGAAAAGCUCCAGAUGGCCUUAAGGAAACUGAGAACAAAGCAAGAGUGGACUGAGAAGUUGGAACUGGAUGUUAUAACGAAGAGAACAUCCUGGAAGGAGAAUGUUGAGAGACACAAGUUGAGGAUCCACACAGAGUUUGAGCAGCAGAAGAAAUUCCUGGCUGAAGAGGAACAGAGGCAACUGCAAAAGCUGGAGAAUGAAGAGAGGGAACAGCUGAGAAUCCUGGGGGAGACAGAGACCAGGCUGGCCCAAAACUGCCAGGCCCUGCAGGAGCUGAUCUCAGAGCUGGAGAGAAGAAGCCGGGGCUCAAAGCUGGAGCUGCUCCAGGGGGUGAAAAGUGUCCUGGAAAGGAGUGAGUCGUGGGACCUGGAAAAGCUAGACAUUGUCUCCCCAGACCUGAAGACUGUGUGCCAUGUGCCAGGGCUGAAGAGCAUGCUGAGGACAUGUGGAGUACACAUCACUCUGGAUCCACAUACAGCCAAUCCAUGGCUCAUCAUUUCAGAGAAUCAGAGACAAGUGAGGCUUGGAGACACCCAGCAGAAGGUACCUGAAAAUGAGGAGAGAUUUGAUACUUAUCCCAUGGUCCUGGGUGCCCAGCACUUUGACUCUGGAAAAUUUUACUGGGAAGUAGAUGUGACAGGAAAGGAGGCCUGGGACCUGGGAGUUUGUAGAGACUCUGUGCAGAGGAAAGGACAUUUUAUACUCAGCCCCAUGAAUGGCUUCUGGACAAUUUGGCUGUGGAAGAAACAAAAUUAUGAAGCUGGCACCUCCCCGCAGACUCCCCUCCAUCUUUCAGUGCCUCCACACCAAAUUGGGAUCUUCCUGGACUAUGAGGCCGGCACUGUCUCCUUCUACAACAUCAGUGAUCAUGGCUCCCUCAUCUACACCUUCUCUGAAUGUGCCUUCACUGGACCCCUGCGACCUUUCUUCAAUCCUGGUUUCAAUGAUGGCGGAAGAAACACAGCCCCUCUGAUCCUCUGUCCUCUGAGGAUGAGAUAAUAGGGAUCCACUGACUGUUGAUGGCUCUUUCUGGACACUGACACCUUUGUUGAUAUCCCUCCUCAGCCACUGACCCUGCCUUAUUUUUCCCAGGAGCUCUGAACUACCUUUGUCUCUGCAGAGGUGUAGGGAUACCGGCAAGACAAAUUUGACAAGAAGAUCACUGAACAUCUAUGUCAAGUGAUCUUUAACAUCAAUAUCCCUGCCCUGGAUUGCUUAUGAUUCCCUCUGUGAAACAAACUACUUAUACUUUGCCCAAAAUCAUCUGGAUCAACCCAAA